GCAAGCCUCUGCGGCCUAGUGAACGAUGGCGAUCCGUGGCGACCGCAACUUGGCGUUGGGAGCGGGUGUGAGAUCAAGAUCGGGAUCGCAACGAACUAACCGGGAUGCACUCAAGGCCAGUUUGGAUGAAGAUUCAGAAGUGAAUUCAGAAGUUUAUAACUUGGCAGCCGAAGUUGCAGAUUGUCCAGAUAAUAAGAUUCCUGUGCUGCUGCUAAAGCUAAAAGAAAUCUUAAAAGAACCUCCCUUAGGAAGCAAAGAGUUAAAGAAGUUGAAGGAGGACAUUUAUUAUUAUGACCUAAUUCAGUAUUGCAUACUAGUGCUUACACAAGACUACCGCAACAUCCCAGGGAACUGGUUCACAGCUGUACAGCUGGCAGAGAUACUCAGCACUGCCUGUGUGGGUCUGGAUCCAAAGGAUGAUGCAGAAGAAUUUUACAACAAAGUGUUACCAUCAGGCACAGACAAUCUAAUGUUGCUGGCACGGCGUCUACAGGCUCGCUUCCUCAAAGCUGACGAGGAUGAUGAUAAACAAGAUUUUCUGCGCUAUUUCCACAAUGUGACAGACUCCCUUUGCCUGCUUCUGAGUGGCCACAUUCAGUUGAUUCAGCAUGUCUUUCAGUCUGAUCACCUCCUACAAUUGUUGCUCACUGAUGACGUGGAAACUGCUACUAUUAUGGUGUCUGUCCUGCUCGUUAUUCUUCAACUGAACAGAACAAUAUUGCUCACUGUGGAAGAGAGGAACAUUCGAUUAAUCCUGGAUGAAAUAACUUACAAGCUAUUUGAAAGCACCAAUCCAGUUAUAGGAAGGGCGUCUAUUAAAGUCAUGCUGUUGAUAGUGGAAUCUCAUCCUCCUACCUUACAAAUGCUCCAUACUUCCUACAAAGGUUUAAGUCGACUUUUAAGUAAGCUGUGGACAGGAAGAGGUUUUGACAAGGACCUGAAUCAGCUAUUGGAACUACUGAGUGUUGGGUCCAUCCAAGGAGUAAAGGAGCAGAGAUUCUACCGAGCUGCAUGCUUGAUCCAAGCAGCAUGGAGAGCGUAUCGGACAAGAAAACGAAUGAAGAAACUUCCAAAAGUAGUGACAAAUUUACAAAGGAAUUUCAGGGCAAAGCGUGAACAGGACAUACACCGGCAGGAGAAGGAGAAAGAGGAAGAGGAGCUAAAGCACCAGCUACAGCUUCGGCGACAUCGAACUCUUCGAGCUUUUCGACAGCGGCAGCUGAGCAUACUGGAAAUAGUACCAGCAAGUGAAAUUGCCAAAUACCUGCAUCAGGAGAAGGAACAAGCAGCGUUGUUGAUUCAGAAGGUCUGGCAUGGAUACAGGCAGAGAAGCUGCUUCAGACAACAGAAGCAGGCCCUUAAGGAAUUCAAGGCAGCUGUCAUUGUCCAGAGAGCUGUGCAGAAGUUCCUUGAAAAACGUAGAAAUCUGAGAAGAGAUAUCCUUGCCUGGCAGGGACCAAAGGGUUUGACAGAUAUACAGAGACAAGAACUGCGUUCCAAAGUUGAAGAGUAUGUCAAACAUCAUUCGGUUCCUCAUGUGUCAGAGGAAAGAACAAGGGAACGACAUGCCCAGGCCCAGGAGAUGUUGGGUCAAUACCUCAGGAGAAGAAAUCUGGAAAGAAAAUCAGAGCUGCGCCAGGAGGCACUGCUGGCUCAGAUUAGCACAGACAUUGAACUCCUGAUGAAUGCUCCCAGUUUAAAGGAGGCCACAGAGAAGGACAUAGAACUUUUUAACUGCAGAUCUGCUCCUGUUGCAGCAAGAGCCAGACAGUCACACAAUGCAAUGCUACAUUUCACACGGGGGCCCUGGUGGAAGAAACUGGGCGACGAGCUCCAGGACCCUGAAGUGAUCUAUACCGCCGAUGCAAAUUUUGAUCUUGUGCUGUGAUCAUAAAGAC